AACCCUCGCAGGUACAAGUUGAUAACAGAGAACGACGUGCAGCUAUGCCGUCUGAACCACACGAAGACGGUCGUCAGUAAGAUUAUGAACUCGAAGUACUUACGUAGAUGGGAGCACCACCAUCUUAUUCUCGGAAACUCGGAAAUCUUUUCUACAUCGCCUUCCGGAUUUAUGGAAUCUAGCAUUCCGUAUAGCAGUAUCCUGGAUAUCAAUGUUAUAUCCCGAUGGGACGCUGGUCAAAAAUUUUGCAUCAGACUAACCAUCGCCGAUGGAUCCGUACUAUUGCAAGCUUCCAAUUCUUACUUGAGAGACCAAUGGCUACAUUCAAUUCAGUGGAAGCGUUACAUAUCUAAGUAUGACAAACUUCUCCGUAACACCAAAAGGCCAGAUGUCCUGACCAAAGAAAUAAAACAACUGAUUGAUCUUUCGCUAACAACACCUAUCCAAGACGACAGCGUCAACCAAUUUCCGCUCGAUUUAGUAUCUUUGCUACUAAAAGAAGUUAACUCGAUAAACCACGUAGCGUACGAACAGAUCAUAAUCGCCCUGGCACCGCUUCUUGAAAAAAACCACCCAACCCAACAGAUGUGCGAUUUCUUCACGAAGCACUGCAAACACAGUCCUCGCUCCAGGGCUACGGUCGAACUUUUUACGCCCGUCAUCUUCAGAAUCCUCAAGCAUAACGUGGAUUUCGGCAGAUACGUGCGUAUGCAAGUUUUUAUACAAGAAUACAUCCAGGCACUCAGAAGCCAAAAUGGUGGUUCUCAAAUUGUCAGGGAGUUCAUUAAGAGUUUGCACGGCCCCUCAACGACCUGCCCUCACCCCAGGGUUCUGCCAAACUUGGUGGCCGUCUGUUUCUCUACUGUCUUCAGUUACUAUGAAGAUAGGAAAAAAAGGUUGUUGAUGUGUAUGUGUGUGUGUGCGUGCGUGUGUAUGACUCAGUCGUCAUCGACGCCAGCAGCAGUAGGAGCCGCAACCACAACAGCCACAAACAUCAAUGAACAUAUCAGUGACGACGACGAUGAUGAUGACGGUGGCUGCAAAUACAUCGGGAGGAAUAAAAUAAAAAGAAAUCAUCAUCAUCGUCGUCGUCAUCGUCAUCAUCGUCAUCAUCAUCAGCGUCGUCUUCCUGAUGAUGAUGUUGCUGAUGAUGGUGAUGAUGGUAACGAUGAUGAUGAAAGAUUACUCACCUAUAUUGAUAUUCUGCGAUUCAUGUCGGAAUUUGAUGACUGGCGAUUACAACUGGCUAUCUUACUUCAGCCCAUUCCAUUUCCAGACGACGCUCUAGCCCAUCGUCUGUUUACGAAUCGUAUGAAGCCACUGCUGCACAACCUAGCCUCUGACGAAAGAUGCGACGUUCAUUCAUCCAUUCUCGGAUUGAGAGAAGAGAAAGCCGGGUGGUUUGAUGUUUACUGUCCUGGGGGGAUCGCCUCUGAAGACGACGACGACGAUGAGUUGUAUACUGUUAUGCUGAUGAAGUUGAUAAGGUGUUGCUGCAGACGCAAGAAAUUCUUCUACACCCACAUAAAAAUGAUCAGUGCCUGGCAGCUGUUAGCAGUUAGAGGAAAUGAAGCUGCUAUUGAGGCAUUAUGUUUAGUUCUUGAGUUUGAGAUCUGUGAGAAGGAAGACAACAAGCUGCAGACCAUCGCCACGCUGCAGAAUACUUCGGUCGGUAAGAAGAUGUACAAUGAACUCUGUCAGAGGCAGAUUCAACUGCAAGAAAUUCAACAGAAAGGUGGUCCCAAAAGAUUGACCUUGCCCUCAAGGUCAACAGACGACGACCUUCGACGAAUGCUCAGUUCGGGAGCGUUUGGAAAUUUGGAGUGUCUUACAUUAGCUUUUACGCAGGUGACUAGCGCAUGUGCACUCGAUCUUAUAAAGUUGCCGUCGUUAAGAUAUCUCAAUCUCUGGUCGACACAGUUUGGCGAUACAGGCCUACAAGUCAUCUCAGAAUACAUGCCAAAAUUACAAGUGCUAAACCUCUGUGAGACUCCCGUUACUGAUAAAGGGUUGAGCUGUCUUUCAGCAAUGAGGAAUUUGAGGAAGUUGAACUUAAACAGCACUCAUUUGUCGGCCCCAACAUUUCAAGAACUUAAAGAAAAACUGCCAUCUUUAAUAGAAUGUGACGUCAAAUAUACAGACGCCUGGUGA